AUGUCUCUGUCAACUUCGACCACGCAGCCCAGUGACGGAAACAGUAAUGCGAUCGCUGGUUUAACAGAUUCCAAUAGACCCCUGGAUAUAUUGCCAUCCUCCACUCCCAGUGCCGCGCUUAACACGUACCUUAUGCCCACUAGCCCUUCCAAGAAUCGCCAUGGCAGUGAUAGCUACCGUCCAACGGUGAAGCGAUCCACAGGGCAGAUCCCCGCAUGCCUCGUCAACGCAUCUGUAACAUAUUGCGGGAAUAAUCAAAUCUACGCUUUUGGCGGGUUUGAUCAGUAUACCGAUGAAGUUUACAACCAUGUCCGUCGACUAGACCUCAAAACGCUGAAAUGGACCGUUGUCGAUAAUUAUGGAGAUAUUCCGGGCGUUCGGAUGGGCCACACAGCAACCCUAUACGAAAAUGACAAAUUAAUCGUUUUUGGAGGCGAGAACGAACGCCAAGAAUACCUUUCUGAUGUUGUCAUCCUUGACUUGAAUUCCUCGACAUGGACAUCACCUGAAAUUCGUGGGCCUGUUCCUAGAGGAAGGGCACGCCACGCUGCCGUGAUUUAUGAGGACAAGUUAUUCGUGAUUGGCGGCGUUACCGGCGAAACUAACUAUAUACUCGACGAAAUAUGUUAUCUUGACUUAAGAACCUGGACUUGGUCCCGUACGUGGAGCUUUGUUGCUCGAUUUGAUCACACCGCCUGGGUUUGGGGGGAUAGACUCUGGGUUUUUGGUGGUCUUGGUAUUGAUAUGGAACGUGGAACGGAUCUGUGGUGGCUAGAUUUGAAAGGAAGCCCAUCGUUUAUGGGUCCUUUGGCAUCGUCUCAAGGUACCGUGGGAUCUCCAGCAAUCCCGGACAGGAUGGCUUACAGCCCAGACAUGCAAUUUAGUUCCUCAUCUCAGAUUUCGGGACGGCCAAAUGGAUAUGCACCCAAUUCUAGCAGUGUUCAGGUCCGGUCACUAGGUCGACGGCGAGCCAAUGCUCCCGGGGCUAUCGCUUCCGUCAAAUUCCAUUCCGGUCCAUUUACUCCCGUCCUGCUAUCCGGAACGCAUUUUCAUGUUUUCACCUCCGGUGUCCUCCUUGAUCUUGUCACGCCAUCUGAUACCGUUCGUUCUUGGGAAUGCAACUUAUCUUCCUUGGAGCUAGACACCUUGCGCUGGCAAAGACUUGCGGAUGGCCCCGAGAUAUUCAAUUCUGGACACCGAUGGCAUUAUUGUACCGUCAAUGAAAACGGUACCAAAGCUUGGCUUCUCGGAUGCAAUAUAAAUCCCAAUAAUGCACCAGGUAUGGGUGACGAAAACCAUUUGAGCGAAGUUCUCCCCAUCGAUUUAGAGCAAUACGGUAUUCUGGGAAACGAAUCCUCAAAUCAAAUUAGGGCAUCAUCUGAUGGUCUGCCGUCUUCCCAAUUGUCUGGUUUAGGAGCCGAGCUAGCUACCGUGUUUGAUCAACCUCCACAGUCUGGAAGUGGGACAGACUUUGCGAUUACUGCUGAUUGUGAUGAUCCCGACUAUAACAGCGAGGAAGAACACUCAUUGAUAUCCAAUCCUUCCCACCCAACCCCUACCUUCUUGUCUUCUGAUGCUAAUACCUCUGCGCCAAUUCACGUCCACCGUAUCAUUCUCCAGGCCCGCUGGCCACAUUUCAAGCGUCUCUAUGCGGCACAAAUGGCAGAAUUUCAUACAAAUAGGAUGCAUAUUCCUGAGCCGUAUAAAGUUGUGCGAGCUUUUCUUUAUUUCCUAUAUACUGACAGCAUUGCGUGUCAUCCUGAUUUCUGCCCGGAUAUCAGUGAAGUUGCAGGUAUGCUCGUGAUGGCAAAUCUUUAUGAUAUGCCCCGAUUGCGCCUGCUUUGUGUUUACCGACUUAGUCGUGAGCUAGCAGUGGAAAAUGCAGCCAUAGUAUGGGAGCGAGCUGGCCGAACAAAUGAAGAAUGGCUUAAGCGUCGUGCUGCAGCAUUCUGCAUGGCCAACUGGGGCCGUAUUGUCCGAACAGAAGGAUUCCGAAAUCUUAAUAGGCAAAGCCUUAUGGAAUUAUGCGAGGUGGUCGAUAUGGAAGGACGGGUUGUGGGCGGUCACGAGCUGGAGUUUGCAGCCGGGUGGGGCAAUGAACGAUAUGACUUGAACGGCGAUGUCAAGCGAUCCCGUGCCCCUCCUGCAGGUGAAAGCGACGAGAUCGAAGGGGAAGAAGACGACGGAAUGGAACUUUCAUAA